GGAGAGGGGAAAGGUGGCGGGGCCACACGUGAGGCGCAGGGGCCGCGCCGGCAGCGGGGGCCGCUCUCCCCUUCCUCCUCCUCGUCCUCCUCGUUCUCCUCGUCCUCCUCCUCACCGCAGCCGCCACCGCCGCGCCGCCCACCGGGGGCUGAGCUGCGUGUGCGGAUCGUAAUGCAGCAGAAAGAUGAGACAACAGACGAUCACCUUCCCCCGGAAAAGAGUCCACCUCCCAGCCCGCUCCGAGAAGUGGGCCACUGGGUUUUGGGGGCUGAAGAAGUUGUGCUUCCAGCAGAAGCUGUACAUCCUGCACAGUAAACGGGAGUGGCCGAGCACCUGGAGCAGGCUGUACCAGAGCCUCCAGCGUCAGAGGAAGGCACUGAGGUUUCAGAGGAAGUGGGCUCGGGAAGCGUCACUGGGCGCCGAGGCCCAGGUCGCCGCGGCCGUCCUCCCGGACGGCCCCGCCCCUUCCAGGGUGGCCAGAACGGGAACCGCCGGCCCCGCCGGCCCGCCGGCCCGGACCCUCUCCGGGGGCAAAGCCGGAAGCUUGUCGGUGGCCCCUGUCGAGGAUCGCGGUCCCGAACGCCGUCUCGAAGGAGAUGGCUGGAAGGCCGCUGCGGGCUUGCCGGGGGGCGGUGUUUUAGGAGGGGCCGGUGACCGUGACCAAAAGGUCGAAGCCAGCUUGACGACCUCAACCGCGAAGACCAACGGGGAAAACGAGGGGCCGGGGGAUGAGAGUGGCGCCGUCGUGGUCACCUUGGGCAAGUGGAAGGGAAGGCACCAUUGCCCCUUCCACCGAGGUCAGGAGCAGAACGGGACCGCCGGGGAAUCCCCGAGCCCAAGGCCGUCCGCCCUUCACCAGCACGCUGGGAAGAGGAAAUCACUGCUGAUGAUGUAUAAGAAACUGUCCGUGAUCAGGUUUCGCUACAGGAUCUUGAAAUCCCAGCGAUUCAGGACGAGGAGCAAACUCUGUAAACGGCGAGAAGGCCAGCGAAGCUGGGUCCAGAAGGUGACUGGGGAUCAGCAGGAGAGCCUGCGGGAGAGUUUUGAAGGUGGAGGGUGGGCUCCCUUCCCUCCGCCCGGGCCUAAGGGCCGGUCCUCGCGUCACCAGCAUCACCUCCUCUCAGAUAUGGACAGUAAUGCCACCGGGCACGUGGCCACGGGAAGGGGAGCCCACACGCCUGGCGGCCACCCUAAAAGAAACGCCCCAGCCAAAGCCGAGCCCCGUGUGGAGGAGUCUGUCUCCUGCCUCCCGAAUGGCAGUGUCGCAGACUCCCAGGGCCGGGGCGACGGCCCCGCCCCUCAGUGGGGGGCCGUAAAGUCGAGCGGCGGAGAGCCCGAGUCCCGGGAGUGCCCUGGGAAUCUCUUCCUCUCAAGAACUGAGAGGGAGAGCGGCCGUUUGGGUCAGGACGCUAAGGGGUCGGAUCAGGUAAGAAGCAUCACGGAGGACGGGAUGAAGUUACUGACACCCAGCCCAGCCGAUGAGGCAAUGAGUGAAGACAGCCCGUCAGGCCCUGAACCCAGCUCCAUAGAGACCCUUCCGAAUGAGGAGAGGCCAUGCCACAUGGACGUGGAAGGGUCCCUCAACCAGGACAUCUUCAGUGCAAAGCUGCUGGAUCACCCUUACUGUAAAAACCCCCUGGAGGCCCCCUUGAUAGGUCCUGGACUCCAACUGGGAAGUCCGGUAGGGGGUGGGAAGAAUGGCCAGAAAGCCUCCGCUGUGGAUGAUGAGGAGCUGUCAUCCUGUCUCUGCGGAUUCUUGGAUGAGAUUAUGAAGAAAUAUGGCAGCUUGGUCCCCCUCUGUGAAAAAGAUGUCCUUGGAAGAUUAAAGGAUGUCUUUAACGAAGACUUUUCCAAUAGAAAGCCAUUUAUCAAUAGGGAAAUUACAAAUUAUCGGGCCAGGCAUCCAAAAUCUUCCACUUGCAACUUUCAGAUCUUCUACAACAGACACAUGCUGGAUAUGGACGAUCUGACGACACUGGAUGGCCAGAACUGGCUGAAUGACCAGGUGAUUAAUAUGUAUGGUGAGCUGAUAAUGGAUGCGGUCCCAGACAAGGUUCACUUCUUCAACAGCUUUUUUCACAGACAGCUGGUAACCAAAGGAUAUAACGGAGUAAGAAGAUGGACUAAAAAGGUGGACUUGUUUAAGAAGAGACUCUUGUUGAUUCCUAUUCACCUGGAAGUCCACUGGUCUCUAAUUACUGUGACCCUCUCUAACAGAAUUAUUUCCUUUUACGAUUCCCAAGGCAUUCAUUUUAAGUUUUGUGUCGAGAAUAUAAGAAAGUAUUUACUGACUGAAGCCAGAGAAAAGAAUCAACCCGAGUUUCUUCAGGGUUGGCAGACAGCUGUUACGAAGUGCAUUCCACAACAGAAAAAUGACAGUGACUGUGGAGUCUUUGUGCUCCAGUACUGCAAGUGCCUCGCCUUAGAACAGCCUUUCCAGUUCUCUCAAGAGGAUAUGCCCCGCGUGAGGAAGAGGAUUUACAAGGAACUCUGCGAGUGCCGGCUCAUGGACUGACCCAAAACACAGGCUCCUGGGGCGGGGGGAGGCCCGGUGUUGUGCGUUACUUGAAGCUCUGAACACUUUCUUGGGUUUUUCAGACGUUGCAGACCGGUGGUGUCAGAUCGCUGUUGUUACCUCAACCUGACUUUUCUCCUAGCGCGCGUUGCUUCGGCUGGUAGAACCUGACCGAACUACGGGAGAUCCCCGAUUCCUCAAUGUCCGGUUUGGUUCCCGUCUUGAUUUUGUGGGAUUUUCUUUCCCCUAUUUAAUAUUUAUUAUCCGAGCGCAUGCGUAUAGACACAGCAUGCAGUGCAGAGUAUUAAGAAAAUAGUAGAUUUGGUGCACCUUUGAAUUGUAGCUAGAAAUGAAACGAUACCAGUUUAAAAUUAGUGUCAGUAUCUAAAGAUGCAGGAUCUGUUUUUCACUCGGUACUUCGCCGGGCACGUCGGUAGUGCCGUGCGGGGGCGGGGACAGAGAGCAAAAACGAGGGUCGGAUGCAGACUUUCCAAGUGUCUUCUGGCCCUUCCUCCGCCCCUCACGUUACGGCUGCGUGGGAGGGGCGACGUCGGGGCAGUUCUGUUGGAAACCCCAUUUAAGUAGACCCGAUCGUGUAAGAGUGUAUCUAGGUGUGGAAUAUUCCACGCCCAAGGUUUGGAAACCUGAUGGAAGAAACCCAGUCGGGUGAAGCGUUGUGGGUACGUGUGGCGGUGGGCCAGGGGAAGAGCGUUGGGUCAAUUGGAUUAUCCUCGGGGGCGGGUAGCCGAGCAGUCCUCUGACCCAAAGAUGGAGGAAAAGUGCCAGUCCUCCCCUCCCCCCCACCGCCACCCAAACAGGCGACUUCAUUUUGAGAGCGAGACUAAUGGUUUCCGGGAAGAGAGUCCUGGUACGUCCUUACUUCUAGAGCAGCAACAUCAUUUUCUGAGCAGGGUUGGCUGGCGACACGGAAUUUCCCAUCGGCAGACCCUUGACGUUCUGUCCGCUGAAUUAUCUGUGGUAAAAGUGGUCAGAAACCUGGACAUGCAUAGGUCCCCCAGCAUUUCAAAAGGAAAGUAUGGGAAGGGAGUGGUUGUACUACGGAGUAAAUUACAUACGACCACCUGUGUGGUGUCGCCCACUCGGGCCCAGGUGGAAGAAAAAUUAGGGAUUUGUCUGUUGACUUUUAGUUCCCUGAAUGAUUUACAUUUAGAGGUUUUAUUAUCUAUUUUUAGAUCAGCGUUCUCCCUCUCAGUAGCCAUCAAGGAGCUCCGAUGUUUUUGUGGAAGAGACCUAUAAAGUAACUGUGGCUUGCGAAGGUGUAUGUCAGAGCAGUUGAGGAUUUUCUUUUCACCCUAGCACGAUAGAAUCGAUAUGGCUCUUGGCGUGAAUCCUAGAACUUCCCCUAAUCUGAAUUCUUCUCGGGAUCACCCGUAGCACACUGCCCUUUUUGCAAUUUCAAACUUCCCGGGGAAGUCAGGGGCAGGUAAGGAUGCCUUCGUGUCAGUACUAGAAAUGCCCUGUAAAACGGAUCUUGCAUCUUUACUUAGCUGUGUGACAUGUGUCUUAAAUGAAAGGGGGGAAAAUAGAUGCAUGUUUUUUGAAUGAUUAAAGAAGAAUCAUGUAAAUAGAUACCAUAAGCUUUGUACAGAACAAUACUAAAUGAAUUCCAGGCUAUACUUGAAUUUGUUCCCUCUUGGGUGUUGGAGAGUUGAGAAAAUCAAAUAUAAAGUUAGGUGCACCUGAAAUUAACUGCCAGUGACUGGAGAGUUGAGCCAAAAUGUUUGCGGUAGCAUUUUCCACACUGGAUUAUGAUCCACCAUGGGCAUUCCACGUACUAACGCCAGAGUGUUUACAUUGUGAAGCUGUCCAGUAAACGUUUAAUGUCUUCUCCCGCGAAAGCUUCUGCUGACCCACAGGGUGGGCUAGGUAGUGUACGGUCGAGUCAGUAUUUCUUCUUGUGCUUCAGCUCAGUGGAGAGGGCCCUUCUGGAGUAGGGGCACACUUAUGCUGCUACAGUUGUUUGUUAGGGUUGUGCCAGCAUUUUGGGUGGGAGGAAUAAGUACAGAAUGGAAGCGUCUAAACCACUCACGGUUAAUUUCGCCCCGCUUCCGCUGGCCUAAAUUCUGGGCUUGCCCAGGCAGGCCCCAGAGAAGAUAAUGGCGAACUUAGAGACUUCAAAAACAGCUCUUACCCGUCUCUCAGACUCAAUUUUCAAGUCCAUGGGGCCCAGGGUUACUUUGUGGAAAACAAUGCACAACCAAGUGGCCUUCUGUCAAUCGAGAACUGCUUCUCACCUCAGACGUCUCCUCCUUGCCCAUCAAGGCUGUGACUUCAAAAGAUGAACGAGAGUUGCCAUUUCACAUCUCUCCUAGCCCCGUUCUUAAGAGCUUGGCCACUCUGACCCUUGUGCAGAUGAACUCCUAGGCCCACGAGGACCAAUUUUUUUUUUUCUAAAGCACCAAACCUCAGAGAGAGACUCGGGCAAAGCACGGGUUGGCUACCUUAAGGGCUUUUAAACCUAUUUAAGUUUCUUUCUCUCUCCCGUCGCAUUUCUUCUGGCUGACAAGCUAUUUAAUUUCUCUUCGCUCCCUGUUUGAGGGUGUGUUCACCCAGUUACCCAGAUCUGCUUGCAUUGAGAUCUGCCUUUGGGCUGAAGGUGAAAGGGACGCAAGCCCUGUUUUGCCAUCUCCAACCUGGCAGCAAGAAGCCGGUGCCUUCAGAAUCCUCACUGGUGACCACACCACGAGAUAAGGCAGAGUUCUGCAGAAUUUAGAACAGGGUUUUGGUGGAAAAGAACCAAGAAGAAGGAAAAAUAACUAUCAAAGAUGUGCCUCUUCCACCCUGGGUAAUUUACUUGCUGUCAACUCAUUUGGCAACGUUUUUCUUCCCGGUAAUUCUCUGCUGCUAGUCUGUCCUUUCCUAGAGAUUUUAGUCACUAGCCUUGUACACACAGUACACACUCAGUACACGCAGUCUUAGGCUCUUUCAGGGAGGAGGUAACUACCUUUAUAGAAAAUGGUUAGAGCAGGAGCGAUAGGACACUGGCCAACUUAGGUUAAACGUAGCAGGUAGCUGAAGAAAAAGCCAGCUGGGUGUCCGAAUUGUAGUUUGGGAGUUGAAGAAAAAGUAAAAUUACAAUAUUAUGAACACACGAUGUAUUGAAAAUGUCGGGGAAACUUAGCAAAAUAUUUUUUGAGAAAUAAACUGAUGAAUUUAUAAA